GAGAGAUGAGAGAUAAAAAUGAUGAAUCAAUGAAACGUCCCUUUUCAUUUGGCUUCACUAUUUAAACCCCACACUCCCUCUACGCUCAUCAAUCUCUUCCUCUUCUCUUUGAUUCCUUACUUUUUCUCCCCUAUGGCCACUUACCCCGCCGUCAACGUCGCCGCCGUCGACUGCCAAAAACAAGUCCGUUCAUGGCAGCUCUUCCGAUCUCUUAUUGAAUUUCUCAUCCCCACUUGCAAUUGCGCUUUCUCCGAAGAGGAACCCACGUAUUCCUCCAAACCCACCUUUCCCUCCACCUCCUCCUCUGCCACUUCCGUCACCGGCACUAUAUUCGGUUACCGAAGAGGGAAAGUCAACUUCUGUAUUCAAACACACUCCAAGUCAACCAACCCAAUUCUCCUCCUCGAAUUGGCGGUCCCCACUGCUAUUCUCGCCAGGGAAAUGAGAGGCGGCGUUCUCAGAAUCGCGCUGGAGUCCACUUCCACCGCCGCCGCCGUCAAUUCCGGGGGGCGGUCGGUUCUGUCGUCGCCAGCAUGGAGUAUGUACUUCAAUGGGAGGAAAGUGGGGUACGCUUUGCGACGGCGGGCUUCUGCGGCGGACGUGGAGACGCUGCGGCGGUUGGGGACGAUGGUGGAAGGCGCGGGAAUUAUGGGGGGGAAGGAAGUGGAAGGUGAAGGUGAAGGUGAAGAUGAUUACUUGAUGUAUUUGAGAGGGAAUUUCGAUAGAGUUUGUGGGGCGUCAGGGGACUCUGAAUCUUUUCAUUUGAGAGACCCAAAUGGAAGCAUCGGUCAAGAGCUCAGUAUUUUCUUUUUCCGGUCAACAUGAUUUCAUGGAAACCGACUGCCCCCCCUCCCCUGCUUUCCCUUUUUUAUUUUGGAGCUGCGCUUUUUUGGGCAGGGCUUUUUCAGCUGCUCGCUGCUAAUCAUUCUUGCCUUCUCCCACCACCACCAGCUUCGACUUGUCCUUUUGAUAUUGAACAUUAUAUAUAUUAUAUAUAUAUCUAAAUGUGCCUAUGCAUAUGUACUUAUGUUUGCGAUGUUAAUAUGAAAUCAAAAUUUGGGACUUUCUACUCA